AUGGUCUCCCAAUCGUACCUCCUCAGGCUGGUCGCCUUCUGCGCCGUCGUCAACGCCGUCCCGCUCCCGCUUAACAUCAAUCUCGGCGCUUACUCCCCCGCCCUGGUGGUCGGUGAUGGUGCUAUAGGAUUCGAAGGAGGAGCAGGCAAAAACGGUGUUGAGUCUAUCAUCAACACCCUGCAGGGUGCCGCCGCCGCCGGUGGUGCACGUGCUGCCGCUGCUGAGGGUGCCGCUCAGCCUGCCACCGCCAACCAGGCUGCAGCAGCUCCCCAGCAGCAAGGUCUCGGCUUGGGCGCCAAGGCCGUCGACAGUGGCAUUCUCAAUGAGAAGGCAUCUCUCCCAUUACCUGGCGCCGCCCCACUGGGGCCCCGCUCGGAAGAAGUUGAGGUCGAGGAAGAUGCCGAGGAAGACAACGAGCAGUCCGCUUCGGCUCCUCUGCAGAAGAGGCAGAACGCCGGCUUCCAGGCCGCACUCAACUUCGCCGAGAGCGCCCUAACCAAAGGUCCCAAGAUACAGCUCGGCACUCCCGAAGCUGGUGUUGGUAUCAUUGUUGACAACACCGCAAGUUCUGGUCGUGCUGCUGCCUAA